AUGUUGCCUAGGAUAAGGAACAACAGCAUAAUCGUCGGCACACGCUCCCUUCACACCAACUCAGCAAGACCUGCUUCGCGCAGCAUCACAUCAUCACAAGCACCCGCACUUCGAUCACUCUCCCGUUUCUCAUCUUCAAACGCAUUCCAACUCAGCCCUGCAGGUCGACCUCACUUCUCUCGUAGCCCAACAAUACCUCGCCAACUCCGUCACUCCACUCACUCAACCCAAGGUUCCUACCACUCACCCACAUCUGCAAACCAAACCCUCCUCUCUGACGUACCCGCCAUCAGCCCCCGCUCACUCGUCAAACAUCUCGACACCUAUGUUGUUGGCCAAACCAAAGCCAAAAAAGUAUUAGCUGUGGGAGUGUGGAACCACUACCUUCGAGUAGCUAGUAAUCAGCGUAUGAAAGAGGAAGCUGAGUUACGGCUGAUGGAGCAAGAGGAAGCUGUACAGCAAGAGGAGCAAACCCCAGCACCGGCAAAGGUUCAAGGUAAGGACCCACCACUGCCAGAAGCACAUUCCCGAUCGAUCAGGUUAGGUAAAUAUGAGCAGCUGUUAGAAGCGAGCACUGAUGAAAGUUGGAAGACGCACAUUAAGAUUCAGGAGGAACGAAAAGCGGAGAGGGUUGGGGAUCCGCAUGGGGAAGCAGCAAGAAAUUUGAUGUUUGGUAGGGGGGAGAGGGAGUGGUUGGUCAACGCGGGUGGGAGUUCGGCGAUCGUGGAAGAUGACAAAGCAGCAACGAGGAGUGAUAAGGGUUUUGUGCCCAAGUUUGGCGAUGAUUUAGGGGGAAAGAUGGAGAGAGUGCCCGUGAAGACUCCGGCUGAAGAAGCUAGCUUGAGUCUGGAACAGGGGAAAGCAUCAUCAUCAGAGGGGAUUGGGGGAAACGUGGAAGAGAAGAGUGCGUUGGCAGAGGCUGCGAGGAGGAUGCAUAAAACUGUUUUGUCUGAUUACACACCAAAAACGACUGAUGGGGGAAAGGAGAGGGGAAUGACGGCGAAUAUUGGGAUCUUUGGUGAUGGUCAGCCAUUGUAUUUCUCUUCGAAUACUUUGAGGACAAUGCAGGGUGGAGUUGCGGGUAAGGUGGGAAGGUGGGAGGAAGAGGUGGAGAAGAAAUGGGAGUCUCCUCAGGAACGUGCUGCCUAUGCGGCUGGAUUGGCGGAGGAGAGGAUGAAGCGAGCUCUGAAGUUGGCAAGAGAGCGACUCUCUUCUGCUACUAAUGCUAGCACUACUCCUCAAGCUAGUGGUGGUCGAGAGGGUUCAGCAUCAGCAACAGCACCAACACCAGAGCCUACUCUCAGCAGCCCCGCUGCCAUAAACAUGAAACCAUCACCACCAACACCUUCUUCAGCAACAACCACGAACACAACCUCCUUCAUCUCCACCUCACCCGGCACCCUUCCCUUUUUCGAAAAAUCCAACAUCCUCCUCCUCGGUCCUUCCGGUUCCGGUAAAACCCUUCUCCUCCGCACACUCGCACAAGUCCUCGAUGUACCAUUCGUACACGUCGAUGCCACACCUCUCACCAUGGCUGGGUACGUUGGGGAAGACGUAGAAUCCAUCAUCCAACGGCUACUUGUUCAGGCUGGGUGGGAUAUAAAUCGUGCUCAACGGGGCAUCGUUUGUAUCGACGAGAUCGAUAAACUUCGACGUACUGGCGGUGGGGGAGCGGGGAAUGUGAAAGAUGUUGGCGGGGAAGGAGUGCAGCAGGCGCUGUUGAGGGUGUUGGAAGGGACGACGAUUCAAGUUUCGGAUAAGAAUGGAGCGGCGGCUGCGACGGCGGCGACGGCGGCGGCGCAGCAGGGUGGUGGCGCGGAGGGAGCGAAGGUGGUUAAGAGUCAGCAGGAGAUGGAGGGGUACAGAUUGGGAGAUGGUGCAGAAGUCGAUGGUGGUGAAGGAGGAAGGUUGGGUCCGUGGUAUAAUCAUCGAAAGGGAGCAAGAGCUGUGAAUGGUGGUGGUAGUGGUGAUAAUGUAGCAUUGAAGUCGAUGUCGAUGAAGAGUGGGGGAGCGUCGGGAGGGCAGCAGACUGCGACGUUUAAUGUGGAUACUAGUUCGAUUUUGUUUGUUCUUUCGGGUGCUUUUGUCGGGAUUGAGGAUGUCAUUCGUAAACGCCUCACUCCUACAUCAGGUUCAGGAUCACAACCACCGUCAAUCCCACCCAAUUCAGCAGCAACAAAGGAUGAAUUUAGUCAGAGCGACCUUCUCAACCGUCUCGAGCCAGUCGACCUCGAGCAGUACGGUCUUAUCCCAGAAUUCAUAGGUCGAGUCCCCGUAUCCGUUGUCCUUAACCCCCUAUCUUUCGAUGACCUCGUCAGGGUCAUGACCGAACCGAAGAACAGCCUCGUUGAUCAAUACACUUCACUGUUCAAACUCAAUGGGAUUGAUUUGCAUAUUUCGCCGGGGGCGAUAGAGGAAGUUGUACAUCGAGCCAUGGGUUCCAUCCCUUCUUCGCCUGGGAAGAGUGGAGGUGGUGGUGCAAGAAGUCUCCGUCGGAUCAUGGAAGAAGUUCUCCUCGACGCAUUUUACGAAUCGUACGGAACUUCAUCGGUCAAGUACAUCCUAGUGGAUCAAAAAGGGGUAAGAGAAGGCGGGGUGAAGCUGUUCAGUAGAGGGCAGAGGUUUGAUUUUGAAGCACAGGUGCAAAGCGAGGCUAAAGCACAUGCGAAGAAACAAGCUGCGAAGAAGGGGAAGGGCGAGAAAGAGAAGAAGCCCGAGGGUAAAGGGAAGGAGAAAGGGGGGAAAAAAGAGGAAGGGCAGCAAAAAUUCAGCGCAGCAAGACUGAAAGCAGCAAGGUUGAAAGCAAGAGCUAUGGUCAGAGCUCGAUUCAGGUUGAGGAAUCGAUUGAGCGAUCCUGUUAUCUAUAUCUAA